AUGAUCCGCCCUCCCCUCCCACCGGCGUACGAACCACCAGAACCACCAUCAGUUUACUGUACUCCAUCACCCCAGUCGCGAGCCACCACCCCUUCUCCUCUCCCCCGUUUUUUCAUCUCAAAACAACAAUCCAUAAUACCAUCUCCUAAAAGUAUCCAAUUACAAACCAUGAUGACACCGACGACGGAGUUUCUCUACCAGAACUUCCCAAAAACCAGAGACAAACUCCUGCUAAGAAACCACCGCCGGACAGAUCCGGCCAUCUGGUGCAGCGCCAUCAUCUGUAUGAUCUUCAGCGUCCUCGUAAUCUUGUUUGGAAUCACAACUUUGAUCGUUUUUCUUGUUGUCAAGCCAAAAAACCCUGUUUUUGACACAAAUCAUGCGAGUCUGAACGUCAUAUACUUCGAUUCGCCUGGGAAUUUCAAUGGAGAUUUGACUUUCAUCGCUAAUUUCUCAAACCCUAACAGGAAACUUAAUGUGAGAUUUGAGCACGCUGUUCUUGAACUCUAUUUUGAUAACAACUUGAUAGCGAAUCAAUCGAUCAAGCCUUUUAGUCAGCGGCAACGGGAGACGGGGGUGGUGAAGAUUCAUUUCAUAUCGAGCCUUGUGUAUCUGCCACGUAAUCAUGCCAUGGAGCUUCAAAGACAGAUGAGUAGUCCGCCGGCUGGUUUUCUUAUGGCUAGAAGCUGCAUCACUAAGAGAUGA